CAUAAGAUAUUUUGCACAAACCAAAAUAAGGACAACCAGGAGGUGCCUCCCAGUGAUGAAGCUGUGGUCACAUUACUCUGUGAAUGGGCUGUUAGCAGCAAGCGUUCUGGAAAACAUCGGGCCAUGGUGGUGGCCAAACUGCUGGAGAAAAGACAGUUGGAAAUUGAGGCAGAGAGAUGUAGUGAGUCGGAGAUUCUGGAUGAGAAGGAAUCCAUCUCCUCAGCUUCUCUUCCAGGAUCCAGCCUACCUGUUUUUCAGAAUGUUCUGCUUCGAUUUUUAGAUUCUCAAGCUCCAUCACUCAGUGAUCCAAACAACGAACAUGAAAAAGUGGAGUUUGUUAACUUGGUGUUAUUAUUUUGUGAGUUCAUCCGACAUGAUAUAUUUUCCCAUGAUGCUUAUAUG